AUGGGCGUCCGGGGAAUGCUGCCGCUGCUGCUGCUGCUGUGGGUUCCAGCCUGCAUUCCAGCCGCCUGGGGCCUGCGGUGCAUGCGGUGUGAGCGGACCGGGAGCUGCCAGGUGCAGGAGUGCGCGCCCGGCCAGGACCUCUGCAGGACCACGAUCCUGAGCAUCUGGGAAGAAGGUGCAGAGCUGGAGGUGGUGGAGACAGACUGUGCCCAUCCGGAGAAAACCAACAGAACCAUGAGCCAUCGGGUCGGCAUGCAGGUCAUCACCCUGACGGAGACCGUGUGUGGGUUUGAUCUGUGCAACCGGCCCAGCCCCGGCCGGGCUCCCGCCUUCCCCCGAAGCCGGAGCCGCUACCUCGAAUGCUUCUCCUGCGCCUCUUCAGACCUGAGCUGCGAGCGGGGCCGGGACAAGAGCCUGCAGUGCCGCAGCCCCAGCGAGCAGUGCCUGGAGAUGGUGACCCACCGGGACCCGGCAGGGGGCCCAGGGGACGAGCGCCACUCCCGAGGCUGCGGCCACCUCCCGGGCUGCCCCGGCCCCACCGGCUUCCACAACAACCUCACCUUCCACUUCCUGCGCUGCUGCAACACCACCAAAUGCAACGGGGGCCCAGUCGUGGAGCUUGAAAACCUGCCGCUGAACGGCCUGCAGUGUUACAGCUGUCAGGGGAACGGCACCGACGGAUGUUCCCCCGAGGAGACCUCCCUCACCGCCUGCCGAGGCCCCAUGGACCAGUGUCUGGAAGCCACAGGCACCGAUGGGCCAGGCCGCCCCGGCUACACCGUCAGAGGCUGUGCCACGGCCUCCUGGUGCCAGGGCCUCCACGUGGCCGAAGCCUUCAGACUGACGGACCUCAACGUCUCCUGCUGCGCCGGACACGGCUGCAACCACCCGGACCGAGACAGGCAGCCCCGCAGGGGGGGCGCCCCCCGGCCCGACCCUGCCCCCCUCAGCCUCGCCAUCGCCCUGCUGGUGACGGCAAGACUAUGGGGGGGCAUGCUCCUCCGGACCUGA